AACACGGACGGAGAAAUGAGCUCGUCCUCCGCCGUUCACAUCACACUAACGUGAGCGUGUGACUGCUCUUCUUCACGGACACACACACACACACACAUACACACACAUACACACACACACACACGCACACACACACACACAUACACAUACAGAAGACCCGCACUGGUCUGCUGUUUACAAAUCCCCAGCUUGGUGUCGGACAGUCCCACCCGCAGCCCGGACCAUGGCGGAGAGAAGUGGCCGGUUGAGUUUCCCCGGCAGCGGGGCUCUCAACAGACCGGUGCCCAUGAACCUAUUUGCAACAUGGGAGAUAGACGGAUCCUCCCCGAACUGCAUCCCGAGAUUGUGCAGUCUGACUCUGAAGAAGCUGGUUGUGAUGAGGGAACUCGAUAAAGAGCUGAUUUCUGUGGUCAUAGCGGUUAAAAUCCAGGGCUCCAAAAGGAUCUUGAGGUCCCAUGAGAUAGUGCUGCCACCCAGUGGGUCUGUGGAGACGGAUCUGGCUCUCAACUUCUCACUGCAGUACCCGCACUUUUUAAAACGAGAGGGAAACAAGCUGCAGAUCAUGCUCCAGCGGCGAAAGAGAUACAAGAACCGAACCAUCCUGGGCUACAAGACUCUGGCAGUGGGAUCUAUUGACAUGGCAGAGGUGAUGCAGCACCCGACAGAGGGAGGCCAGGUCCUUCCUCUCUGCAGCAACCAGAAAGACAUGCUGGGGAAGGUGGCAGAGAUCUGGAUCUUUUCCCUGUCCAGUCAGCCAAUAGACCACGAGGAGGCAGCGCUGCAGGGAGGACAGAAGAUCAAAUGCUCCGAUAACUACUCAGAGGAGGAGUACGAGAGCUUCUCCUCAGAGCCGGAGGCCAGCGACGACGCCGUGCAGGGACAGGAUCUGGAGGAUGACGAGUACCGUGUGAGGAAGACAAAGAUGCAGAGGAGGUCGAUUGUAAGGACGCCCUCCAUCACCAGACAGCAGAACUUUAAGCAGCGAGUGGUGGCUCUACUGAAGCGGUUCAGAGUUUCAGACGAGGUGCUGGACUCGGAGCAGGACCCUGCAGAGCCGCCUCCUGAGGUGGAGGAGGAGGACCUGGACCUGGACAGUGUGGAGUUUGAGAACCCCAGUGACAGCGGUCCAGAGCUGGAUGACGAUGACAGCGUCCUCAGUACGCCGAAACCCAAACUCAAGCCAUAUUUCGAGGGUCUCUCCCUCUCCAGCUCUCAAACUGAGAUCGGCAGCAUCCACAGCAGCCGGAGCCACAGGGAGCCUCCCAGCCCGAUUGACCCAGAUAAAACCAAGUGUGGAGGAGCCAAGUAUCCAGAUGAUAAUGUGUCUGAUAAUGUCUCCUUUGAGCAGCCGGAGGCGGUGACUCCGACCACAGAGCUGGAGAUGGACAACAUGGACACGUUUUUAGAGAGACUGCCACCAAGUGGCAAAAUGACCAAGACAGAGUCGCUCAUCAUUUCAUCCAACAGGCAGGAACCGAAGUUGGCAGGUAGGCGAGGCAGGAGCACGUCGCUGAAGGAGCGCCAGCCCAGCAGGCCGCAGAACGAGAGGGCCAACAGCCUGGACAACGAGCGGUCCCUGGACACACGCUGCCACCUACAGAUCCCAAGAAAGACGGUGUAUGACCAACUCAACCACAUCCUGGUGUCUGACAACCAACUCCCUGACAGCAUCAUCCUCAUCAACACGUCAGACUGGCAGGGCCAGUAUCUUUCAGAUAUGCUUCAAAACCACCAUCUACCAGUGGUGUGCACCUGCACCACAGCAGACAUCCAAGCUGCGUUCAACACCAUCGUCUCCCGCAUACAGAGAUUUUGUAACUGUAACUCCCAGACGCCCAUCCCCAUAAAGAUAGCCGUGGCCGGAGCGCAGCAUUACCUCAGUGCAGUUCUGAGGCUGUUUGUGGACCAUCUUUCCCAUAAGACCCCUGACUGGCUCGGAUACAUGAGGUUUCUCAUUAUCCCUCUAGGUGCUCAUCCAGUCUCCAAAUAUCUCGGCACUAUUGAUUAUCGAUACAACAGUCUGUUCCAAGAUGCUGCUUGGAGGGACCUGUUUCACAAGCCAGAAGCUCCUGUUGUUGUCCAGGAGAACCCAGAUGUGGUAUCAAGGGUAACUCAGUACAUGCUGGGAGCUAACGGAGCUCACCAGCUCCCCAUCGCAGAGGCCAUGCUCACCUACAAACAGAAGAGGAAAAAGAGCUUUCAUUUUGAUUUUGCAGUAAGCCCUGAUGAGGACUCGUGUCAGAAAUUCAUCCCUUUCAUCGGGAUGGUGAAAGUUGGCCUCGUGGAGCAGACGUCAGCAACUUCAGGAGACUCCGAUGAUGCAGCACCUCUGGGCUCCUCGCUGCUCUCCUCCACACCUCCGCAAAUAUCCCCUGCACUCAAAGAGGCGUCGCCCACCCCUCCCUCCUCUCCCUCCGUCACCACCAGCUUCUGCGCUUACAGCUCCGUCGGUCAGGCGGAGCUGAUGGGGCUUCAGGUGGACUACUGGGUGGCUCCAACAGAACGGAAGAAAGACGUGGAGAAGCGGGACUCCUCCUCCAAAAACACUCUCAAGUGCAAUUUCCGCUCGCUGCAGGUCAGCCGGCUGCCACUGGGGGGCGCUGAGCCGAGCACCCAGCCCACCAUGUCCAUGACAGUGGUGACCAAGGAGAAGAAUAAGAAGGUCAUGUUCCUGCCAAAAAAGAGCAAAGACAAGGAGGUGGAGUCGAAGAGUCAAGUGAUCGAGGGCAUCAGCCGGCUCAUCUGCACUGCCAAGCACCAGCAGACCAUGCUGAGAGUGCUGAUUGACGGCGUUGAGUGGAACGACGUCAAGUUUUUCCAGCUGGCGGCACAGUGGUCCUCCCACGUCAAACACUUCCCCAUCGGGAUCUUCGGACACACGAAAGGCCCGUACUAGCAGCA